AUGGAGCUGAUUUUCAGUGCUGCAUCACCGGAACUCACCGUAGAAUCUUCACUCUACUUGUCAAGAGCUGCUAGCAUUGUCAUGUUGGCUGCAUAUUUUGUUUACUUGAUCUUUCAACUAUGGACACAUAGGCAACUAUUUGAAGCUGAAGAUGAAGGCGGAGAUGAGAACAUUGAGGCAGAAGAGGCUGUGAUUGGAUUUUGGGGUGGAUUUGCUUGGUUGGCUGGAAUGACCGUGUUCACUGUGUUGUUGUCUGAAUACGUGGUCGAUACAAUUGAGGAUGCAUCAGAUUCAUGGGGUUUAUCAGUGAGCUUCCUCAGCAUAAUCUUGCUUCCAGUAGUUGGCAAUGCAGCUGAACAUGCUGGAGCAAUCAUUUUUGCUUUCAAGAACAAGCUUGACAUUUCCUUAGGUGUUGCAUUGGGCUCUGCUACUCAAAUUGCCAUGUUUGUGGCUCCCCUAUGUGUUACUGUUGCUUGUGGAAUGGGAGUGAAUAUGGACCAAAACUUCAACCUCAUUGAGACAGGUUCUCUUGAUGUGGCAAUUAUAGUCACAAGCUUCACUUUACAGGGAUUGGAAUCACCCGCUGAUGGUAGACGUUCAUCUGAGUCUAGCUACCGUAUUGGAGAUAAUGGAACUUCAGGGGGGACAAAUUAG